AAAAGUUGGCGAAGCCAAGCAGCACGAGAGGCGCAGAACUUCGGAUGAAGCUCUAGGGGCUUGGCGUCGCCGCGUCGUCGGCUUCAAACAUUGAAGAAGUAAAGAUCGGGCAAAGGAGAAGAAGAACUUGGGAUCUGAAUUGGCGAUGAGAAGAGGGACGAAGGGCUCGGCGGCAAAGGAGCAGGGGUUCGAAGGAAGAAUAAAAUUUACGUUAGGAUUGGGAGUGCAGUUGAACUUUAAACAAAUUGAGAGGGAGGUGACUAGCAAGAAAGGAUCUAGGAGAAAUUCUCAUGUCUUGAAUUGUCAUUUUUCAUUUUAACUUCACAUCACACAUCGCUACAAGUUAGUGCAACUGGAACUUGCUGUGCCCAGUCCUCAUUGUACAACGCUUAUGAUUUCUCUUAUAGAUCAAUGCUUCCCAGCUAGGAUUUCACACCUUGCUUGCAGAUUCACAUCCUCGCUUGCUUUGAUCGGAAUGUCAUACCCUAUUUCUCAUGAACAUGAAGAGAACUCCAAACCUUUGGACCCUUUUAAGCUCUUCAGUGAUCACAGAAUGUCAAGACAGCCCAGCAUUAGAAGCACAAAAAUCUUACACGCCUACCUGGUCAAAAUUGAUGCAUUGCAAUCCAAUGUAUUUUUCACAAACUCUUUGCUCAACUUGUACUGUAAAUCUUCUGCGAUGGUUGUUGCCUGCAAGCUGUUUGAUUCAAUUACUCUUCCAAAUAUUCAGUCUUGGAAUAUCAUGAUAUCUGGUUACAAUGGCAAUUCCAUGUACGAGAAAUCAUGGGAGAUGUUUUGUCGGAUGCAUUCAUUUGGUGAGGAGCUAAAUGAGUUUACUUAUGGGAGUGUUCUCUCAGCCUGUGCUGCCUUGCAAGCUUCAGCAUUAGGUAAGCAAGUUUAUUCACUUGCAAUGAAAAAAGGGUUUGUUUUUAAUGGUUAUGUCCGCACUGGGAUGAUAGAUAUGUUUUCCAAGAAUUGCAGCUUUGAAGAGGCUCAAAGGGUCUUUUUUGAUGUUUCAUGUGAUAACAUGGUUUGUUGGAAUGCUAUGAUUUCUGGGGCAGUUAGAAAUGGAGAGUACUGGGCCGCCUUAAAUCUUUUUUGUCAAAUGUGUCAUCAAUCUCUAAAGCCAAAUGGCUAUACAUUUCCAAGUGUUUUAACAGCAUGCUGUUCACUCAAAGAACUGCAGAUUGGGGAAAUAAUUCAUGGACGAGUAAUAAAAUGUGUUGCUGCAGAUAUUUUUGUGGAUACUGCUAUUGUUGAUUUAUAUGCCAAAUGUGGACGUAUGGAUGAAGCUGGUAGGAAAUUCUUGCAGAUGCCAGUCCAUAAUGUGGUCUCCUGGACUGCUAUAAUUUCUGGAUUUGUGCAAGAGAAUGAUUCUAUUUCUGCACUUAAGUUUUUUAAGCAUAUGAGAGAAUCAGGGGAGGAGAUAAAUACCUAUACUGUUACUAGUGUACUUGCUGCUUGUUCCAAGCCAGGGAUGAUUGAAGAGGCAAGCCAAAUUCAUUCCUUAAUAUUAAAAUUACCUUUAAUUUCAGAGGCAACUGUCCAAGCUACCUUGAUCAAUAUGUAUGCAAAAAUAGGAGAAGUCGGACUUUCUGAUUUAGCCUUCAGUGAGAUAAAAUAUGUGAAAGAUGUGCGCAUAUGGGCAGCAAUGAUGUCUUCUUAUGCUUACAAUCAAAAUUCUAGAAAGGCGGUUGAAUUUUUUGUGUUUAUGUUGCAAGAAGGUGUUAGACCAGAUGAGUAUUAUAUGUCUAUAGUGUUAAGUAUCAUAAACUGCUUAUAUAUAGUGAGACAGAUGCAUAGUUACACUUUGAAGUCUGGACUAGUUACUAAUGCUACGGUAGGCUGUUCACUUUUCACCAUGUACUCUAAAUGUGGCUGUUUAGAGGAAUCUCAUAGAGUUUUUGAAGAAGCUCCUGACAAAGACAAUGUCUCAUGGGCCUCAAUGAUUGCUGGUUUUGUUGAACAUGGCUAUGCAGGUCAUGCUUUUCACCUAUUUAAAGAGAUGCUAUCUCAAGAAAUUUUACCUGAUUACUUGACCUUAACGGCAGUUCUAACUGCAUGUUCUGCUCUUAGUUUUCUACAGACAGGUAAAGAAAUACAUGGUUAUGCUUUUCGUUUGGGAAUGGGAACAGACACAGUUAUUGGUGGUGCACUUGUGUCCACGUACUCAAAAUGUGGAAGGUUGGAGCUUGCAAAGAGGGUGUUCAAUAUGCUACCUCAAAAGGAUAAGGUUGCGUGCUCUUCCUUAGUCUCAGGAUAUGCCCAAAAUGGCUUAAUUGAAGAGGCAUUUCUGUUGUUCCGUGAUAUGAUCUUGACUGAUUUACCCAUUGACACCUUCAUAAUUUCAUCUGUCCUGAGGGCCAUUGCACUGUCAAAUAGAUCAUCAGCUGGGACUCAACUGCAUGCCUACAUUGAAAAAUUGGGCUUGCAAUCAGAUGUAUAUGUUGGUAGUUCACUUGUGACCAUGUACUCAAAAUGUGGAAGUUUGGAGGAUUGCUGCAAAGCAUUUGACCAUAUUGAGAAGCCUGAUUUGAUAGGUUGGACAGCAAUUAUUGUGAGCUAUGCUCAACAUGGUCAAGGUUCCAAAGCCUUAGCUACUUAUGAACUCAUGAGAAGAGAAGGCAUUCAACCUGACGCAGUAACUUUUGUGGCAGUGUUAUUGGCUUGUAGUCAUAGUGGGCUGGUUGAAGAAGCCUUCUUCUAUCUUAAUUCAAUGGUCAGAGACUGUGGCAUUAAGCCUUGUCAUCGUCAUUAUGCCUGUAUUGUUGAUCUUCUUGGUCGAUCAGGUAGACUAAAAGAGGCAGAAAACUUCAUUAACACUAUGCCCGUAAAGCCUGAUGCUUUAAUUUGGGGAACCCUCCUCGCAGCUUGUAAGGUCCAUGGUGAUUAUGAGCUUGGGAAGUUAGCAGCCCAAAAAGUAAUGGAAUUGGAGCAAUGUGAUGCUGGGGCUUAUGUUUCCUUCUCAAACAUUUGUGCGGAUUUAGGACAGUGGGAUGAAGUCCUUAGAAUUCGUGGGUUGAUGAAAGGAUCUGGGACAGCUAAAGAGCCUGGUUGGAGCUUUGUUUUGGGGAACACUCCUUCCAGAAUCAUCAGGGAUGUCACUUGACAACACGAGCAAACUGCUGGAUUGAUGUUUGAUCUUGAACUUAUUGUUGAGCAUAUUAAUGCUUAUCCAGAACAUCUUGAGUUUGCUUUUCAUGGUGGCUGAUUUUUUGAUCCCAUUGAGAGAGUUUGCCACGUGGCACACAGAUGCUAAUGAUGCAUAUCAUUUAUGGGUAUUGGUGUUUCCAAUUGUCUGGGUUACAUUGUAUAAGGAAGAGUUAAGUAACACUUGUCAGAUGGUCACUCAUCUGUCUAAAGAUUAUCAUUAGAGGGAGCAAGCCAGCAGAUCAAAUGUUGUGCAAGCUCUGCUCGGCCCUGAAUACCAAGUGAACUCAUCAAAUAUGUUGGGAAAACUUACAAUGCAUGGCACAUUGAACUAGCAUUGGUUGAAAAUCAUAUCAUGUUGUUCAUGAAUAACACCAAGUGCGCUGGGUAUCUAACUGAGCUCUAUCGCUUGCUUAAUGAAGAUGUGAGGUGUGGUUUAUGGAAGAAAUGAGUGAUCAUUACAGAACCUAGGCCAGGGCUUUCUCUUGUUCAAGCAUGACCGUUGGCAGCGUGCUCAAAGCCUCUUUUACUAAGCCAUGGUGAUACUGUUCCUGGUCAACUCAGUGGGAUGUGUUGGCAGACUUGAGACUUGGGCAAGACUGUUGAAAAUUAUGAAAUUCGUCUUGUGGCAGUCUUUGGCCUGAUUGAGCAUAUAUGAAGGAUUGUAAUUCCUAAAAAGCCCUGGUGGAAGAAACUCCAAAACUCUGAUUUAAGCAUAAUGCGGCCUUCAUGACAAAAACACAAAUGGCACGGUGGAUGUUGGCAACGUGGCAGGUAAAUGUGUUGUGAUUCUUGCUCUAGAACAAUGGUGGUAGCUGUCGUUCAUUCCAAAAUUUCCCUUGUGCGGCAAUUCCAACAAACAGGUGAAGUUAAGGAGUCAUCCAGAAUUCUGUUGGAUAUUUCCAAUGGAAAUAAAGGGUUUGUUUGGUUUUGUUUUCUGUUUUUAUGUUCUUAAAACAAUUCUGUACAAUAGUUUUUCAGAACAAGUUUGGAAACAAAAAAUGAAAAAAGUCUGUUUGAAUUAUUAUUUUGAAAAACAUAUUUAAAUUGAUAAAAUAAAUAGUGAAAGAGCAGUUUAUUUUAUUACAUAAUUGUCAUUAAUGAAAGCAUGGUAUUUUAUGCCUUUUCUGUAUUUUAUGUCUUUUAUCUAGUUUUGCAGAACAAAAGGUAACAAAACAUCUAAAAGAUGUUCAGGCUUUUGUUUUUCAGAACAACUUUCUUCUUUUUUGUUUUUUAGAACAGACAACAAAAAACAUAUUUUCAAGCAGGUUUUUUUUUUUUUCCAUAUUUUUUGUUUUUCAGAAUAAAAAAACUGUUCUAAAAACAAAUAAUCAAACAGGCCCAAAGUCUCUGGAAACUCUGAAGGUGGUGUGAAAUAAAACCUUUAUGCAGAUCUCAAGGACAUUCCUGAGGCUUGAAGACAGGAUAAUUCCAAAUCAAUGGGAUCAUUUGUGUGUUUAGUUUGACUCACUGCAGUGGAGGAAUGAAAUUUAUGAUGUAGUCAUAGAUGCAUUCAAAGAUUUUAGUUCCACAAAUUCACAACUUCAUCACCUUGGCUGCUGCGACAAAGCAUGGAAUGUCAACAGGGCCUUUAUGAUGCUUGUGUCACCAUACUUGAAAAGUUGUAUGGGUACUCAACCAUGGUAGUGCGGCUGAAGGCUUUUUGAUGAGGAGACUAUUUUCUAGUGCCACAAAAGAACCAUGAUCUCCUCUAGGUCUUGACAAAGUUUUUCCCACAGCAUGUUGCUCACGCGCGCACUUGAGAGCUCUUGAGAUUUCAUCAACCUUACUAUCCAUGUGUUCCUUGAGCUCUUGAAUUUUGCUUUUAGGUAUGAUUCUACAAACAAUGAUUUAUUCAUAUUAAUUUGAUUACAGAUUAUUCUGACCUGUUCAUCUGGAAAGUAAUUUUACAGAACUGUUUUACAAACGUUAAAAAGAAUACAUGGCAAAACACACACUAGAAAAUGGAAUCAAAUAAGCUUUAACUUUCCAAUAGUUAAAUUGCAUACUGAUUUUUUUUAAUUAAAAAAAAAAACUUUUGGGGGCCUGAGUGUAAAGGGUUUGAAUGUAACAAAACUAUAUGCAAGGCACGAGACUUUUUAUUUAUGAAACAACAAAUGAAAACUUUAUUCACCUGAAAACAUUAGUUGUUCCUAUAGUGGAUAUCACACAUAUUAGUAUAACAUUAACAAGAGAGAAUGACAGCUAGAUACCUUGACUUGCUUAUAAUUUGAUUCCUUUGAAUGAAAACCCUUUUAAGAUUAAUGACAAUUAUGAUAUACUAUAUUAACAACUAUUUUUUAAGAAAAGGACCCAAGUAUAAACAAAUCCCUUACAAAGGACCUUGUGAUCCUCCCGACAUACAAUGGUACAAAAUAAUGAGAUGUAUAUAUCAUGUAGAGGAUCAUGAUCCCUAAUAUCACUCACGAGCAAUGACCACAACUUGUUUGCCAACAUUGUGACCACCAUAGAGACCAACCAAAGCUGCAGGGCCAUUCUCAAGGCCUUCAACUUUAUCUUCCACAUACACUAUCUUCCCUUCUUUGAUAAGAGGCAAUAUGAACCCUAAAUAUUUAGGAUAAAGCUGAUAAUAAUCACUUGCACUAAAUCCAUGCAUGCGAACUCUCUUAUAAAUGAGUUGUGCUAGAUUUGUUAUGCCUUCAGGUUGAUCAAGAUUAUACUGUGAGAUCAUUCCACAUUGGCAUAUUCGGCCAUGGAUUCUCAUUAUUCACAAGCACCGUGUCAAGUGUUUUGCCUCCAACGUUAUCGAAGUAAAUGUCAAUGCCUUUUGGGAAGUACCUGAUUUGUAAAUCGAUAUCUAUUAGCUUUUAUUUUUCACUUGGAUAGAAAGAAAAUCAGAAAGAGAAGAAUAUUAAGAGGGAAAAUUCGAAUAAAUAGUAAAUUGUUAUUAUUAUUGAAAGGUUUUUUUUCCUUCUAA